AUGUUGGUUAAUCAUCUCGUGCCGCAGCCUGUUGUUAUCAUUGAUGAUCUGCCUCAUAUUGAUGCAGUUUUAAUUUCACACAACCACUACGACCACCUCGAUGUGAACUCGGUGCAAAACCUCGACAAACGAUUUCCCAAUCUCUAUUGGUUUGUGCCCAGUGGUAUUCGAGCUUUCAUUCUUGCUACCGUGAGUCACGCCAAUAGAGAUCGGGUUCAGGAGUUCAUGUGGUGGGAGGAAAAACCAAUCGGUGACACUGGAAUCAAAGCCGUUUUCACUCCUGCUCAACACUGGUCAGCUAGGAACUUAGUAUUUGACAGUUUCGCGGUAAGUUUGAAAUUUACUAUACAAACACAGUUGAAACAUUUGAAUUUAAGCUCUCAAAAUUAA